AUGCAGCAGUGUGGGUGUGUGUUUAUGCGUUUGGAGAGGAUGGAAGCAGAGAAGGUAGAUGAGGAGAAGGAGAAGCAGGAGGAGGAGAAGGAAGAGGAGAAGAAGCAGGAGAAAGAAGAGGAAGAGGAGGAGAAUAAUGUCCUGUUUUUUACCCAGAAGCAAUUGAUCAGUUCCUGUGAAUUCAAUGCCAAGGCGACUGGUGAAUGUCCCACUGUACUUUUGUUCGUUGUAGUUUAUCGACCACCUGGAGCGUUUCCCGUGCAAAUCGUGGAAUAUUACGAAGGUGAUGGGAGACUGGGUGUGCGAGAAGGGAAGGCGGUGGUGGAAGGAACGGAGACGAGGGUGAAUGUGGGUGGGAGUAAGAGUGAGACCGUGAAGGUGAAGACAAACAAGAACCGGAAUGGAAAUAUGCAGGUGGAGGAGGAGGAGACUGGGGUGGUUAAGUUUGGGGGAAAGAAGAGUGAAGGCGAGAAGGAGAAAGAGAAUGGAGAGGGUCUGGUGAAUGCGGACGUGAAGAAGGAGGUAGAGGUGGAGUUGGAGGCGGGAGCGGAGGUAAAGGUGGAGGCGGAAGCGGAGAAAGGAAAGACGAAGGUGGAGAGAAGAAGAGUGCGAGAAUGGUUGAGGCGAAUUCAAGCUCGUGUAAAGAGCCGCCUUCGUCUGCCACGAAUGCGUGCUUGUGUUUCAAAAACGACUGAAGCCAUUUGA